GGUGGCAACGGUGGUGGCAGCAGCAGCAGCAGCAGUGGAGGGGCCUAGCGGUGGCUCCUUACUAUUUGGCACGUCUCUAACGCCUUUCCACUGAGUGGUGGCAGCGUUGUUAGUAGUAAUACUACACCUGUCUUCUACGCCUUCAACGUCUUUAGUAUCGCCUUCUUCAUCUACGUCUACGACUACGUCUUCUUCAUCCUCUGCUGCUGCCUCUCAACGCAUCGAGUAUAGGCGCAUGUGCGACCCAACAACGACAACCUCAACCGCAACCGCAACCGCAGCCACAACACUUCGCCGCCAUCCUCAUCAACAACGACAACGACAACCAACACCGACUAUCUGCCAACGUUCUUUUCGCUUUCAACCGAUAACUGAUCUUCACUUUAGUUUCCGCGACGGUUCGGCCCAAAACGUUUGCGCUCACUAUUAAAAAUUAAUAAUAAUAUUUAAUACAUAUAUGAAAUAAAUUCGCAAGCUCGCAAUAGUUUAUAUCCUUGAUCCUGUGCCACAAAACUCGUCGUUGUGAUUUCAAAUUAUCCGUGAGCCUCGCCUGUGUUGUUAUUGUUGUCUUGAACGUCCUUUCUGUAUUGUCGUCUAAACUGUGAACCCUACCAGCCAUCAUGGAAGAACUAGGGAAGGAACAAAUUGCGCUACUGCGCAAUGCCUUCAAUGCCUUCGAUCCAGAGAAGAAUGGAUACAUCAACACCGCGAUGGUUGGCACCAUCCUCAGCAUGUUGGGCCAUCAGCUGGACGACGCCACGCUGGCCGAAAUCAUUGCUGAGGUCGACGAGGAUGGCUCCGGACAAAUUGAGUUCGAGGAGUUUACAACGCUGGCGGCCCGCUUCUUGGUUGAGGAAGAUGCCGAGGCCAUGAUGGCUGAGCUGAAGGAAGCCUUUCGUCUGUACGACAAGGAGGGCAACGGUUACAUCACGACCGGAGUGUUACGCGAAAUUCUAAGGGAACUGGACGACAAGCUGACCAACGAUGAUCUGGACAUGAUGAUUGAAGAAAUUGAUUCCGACGGUUCGGGCACCGUUGAUUUCGAUGAAUUCAUGGAAGUUAUGACUGGCGGCGAUGAUUAAAGUGCGUUAACUAUCUCGUCAUAUGCAACUGAUUAAUUAGCUUUGGAAGCUACAGAUCGAGUUGUUACACAUAUCUCCCACCUACUAGCAGUACAUUUAUCUCCUGUCCCAGACUACAAACAAGUUCACACACUAGCUCAGAGAGCGAUCUUCAUGUGCUCACGCCGUCCUGUUCUAUUUAGACCUAUUGAUUUAAUUGUUCAAUAAGUCGCUACAUAAGAAGGGGUCUGGUCUCUUUUGAUACAACAUACAAGUAUACCAAUAAUUGACUCUCUGUAAUUUUAUUUACAUUCUUACUAAUAAAAUGUUUCAAACAGCCAAACUGACACAAAAACACUCUGACAGUUUCUUAUUGCUCCUUCCACCUUUUACCCCAACAAAGCACCACACCACCCAUAUGGAAUACUACAAAAUCAAGUUUGCGUGCUCGAAAUAUCGAAGCGGCCCAUUGCAGCCGGGGCAGAAUUUUGUAGGUAUACAAGUACGUACAAUAUAAACGACGAUCGGACAAAAGACUUUAUACAACUGACUACGAUUUGGAACAUUUUUAUGGUCAAUCACCGACAUCGAUCGGUAAUUGAAACACUAAUAGCGUUAUCGUUUAUUAUACGUCGUUAAUCGUUUAUUUGUUUGAUGCAAAGGAAAAAUCACAAAAAAAAAACAUAAGUUACAGCAAUACAUUUGUUAACCCAUUAAGAAAAGAAAAAUAAUUUACUCGCAAGCUACUUAUAAUAAUAUCUACUGAGCUGUAGGUUAAGAUUAUUCGCAUACACUUAAGGUAUUGACACAAAGAAGACCAACAUACGUAUAUUAGCAUAUUAAUACACGAUUUUGUAAUGGAUCAAUUAAGCUAUCUAUCAAUCAACAUCGUGAAUUAUAAAUGUCAACAUCAUUGAUUUAAAAACCAGCAA